AUGGGGGCAAAAUCGCGGUAAGUACAGUGAAUAUAUAUUGUAAAUGAUUUUAGAUAUUUACUAGUUCAACUUAAAAGCGUGAUCAGUGGCUCGACGAGAGUAUGGGUCCGAGAGAGAGCAGGAGAAAAGGUCCAGAAGAUCUUAUUCGAUCCAGCCCGUAAGUCCACUUUUAUUUUAUUAUUCUGUUUUAGUGGGGAUGGAUGUUCUGUUCACUGAGAACGACAAGAUCAAAGGAAAGGCUGAUCUCAAACCCCAUGUUAAAAAGAUGUACGGUCUUGCGUGA